AUGGCUAUUGAACCUACUUUUCUCUCUAAAGCUGUGUCUGAGUGCAUCAGUGGAGAUUCUAAGAAUGUUAACUACAUCAUUAACAAGUUGAUGGGUGCAGAUGAGUCUUCAGUAGAAAUCGAACCAAUAAUCAGUGAAUUUCUCCGUAUUGUAUCCGAAAUUCCCCUAAGUAUUGGGGAGCUCCUUGUUCAGCUCUUCACAAUCUCGAAACCGUGGUACAUUUUUCCUGCUGAAAUUUCACAAAAAGCCAUUGAUUUAAUUGUUGCUCUUUCUACACAAUUUGAAGAACUUGCAGAAUCAUUUUUGAACCAUAUUUGUGGUGUGAUUUGUAAGCCUUCUUUGUGUUCUAAUGAAGCUGAUCAUAUCACAGAGGAUGGUCUUAUCGUCAUGACUUUGAAUUCUCUCCGUAGUUUUUUCGCCUCCAUGCCACACUUUGAGGAUUCGUUUGUAAAUUACCUACUUCGAUCAUUUCCCUCAUGGGGUCGACAAACAAAUUUGCUCUUUUGGGAUAUGUCGAGUGUCUUUCGCUUGUGCUACGAAUCUCCCAGGAUACUCUCCAUCGCUUCAAUUGAGAAAAUUUACUUCACUUCCUUUGAUCUUUUAGUUAAGCUCGAAACUAAAGAAAAUGUCCAUAAGGUUUGUGUGGACACAAUCCCAACGGACCUGGCGAACCCUUUCAAUCCGGAGAGUUUUGAUGAAGUGUUUGGGGCCAUUUCUUCUUCCCUAACGCCGGAAUCGAGUAAGCCUUCCGCUCUCUUUUGGCUUUAUUGUGUCUCCAUUUUAAAGACCUUUCCCAGUUGUAAUGGGAAGGCAUUAUCUAUAGACGAACAAAAAAUGGAAUGGAGGUGUAUGUGUGCAGUUUUUCGAAAUCUGCGAGACUUAUUUGUUCUGAAUAUUCUGCCGCUUCAGUCGCCUGUUUCGGUAAUUCCGCUUCUCGUUACAUUUAUGUCUUCUCUUCAUCCUACUCUCGGCAUCAAUUUGUUGGAGAAUUUGUGGACUUUCGUGAUAGAUAAUCGUCAAAGUGAAGAGGUUCAGAUUAGUUGUAUGAGGUACUUGGCUGACUACGUGGCACGUUGUCGGUGCCUUAGCGAAAGUGUUGUAAUAGAGCAAUUGCAAGACUUUGCUUCUUGGUGCGUCCAAUAUACCUAUCACAGGAAAGGCCGACCUGUCUCUCAUUCUUUGGAACUGAUGAAAAGCAUUCAUAAACUCUUUUAUACCAUAUUCGAGUCCAUUGUAUUUAUCGUCACAUUCCGACAGGCAAAACUAAUUGGAUCCAGUGUAAAUCGAGCCUUAUGUACUCAAAUACCCUUGAUCCAACUUAUUAGUUCACCUUUUAAACCACUUGAUGCGAUAGAGCCGGGUCUGCGAGCCAAUUUUUUGGCUCUUUCCUUCGCAUACAAGAUGAAUUGGACAGCAGUAAUGCUACCAAUUGAGUACUCAUCCCAGGUCGGAUCUGAUCCUAAGCCCUCAUUUACUUGUCCUCUAAUUGCAGCUUUGCAAAAGAUCUCAAUUGCAGGGCAUCUAGACUUAUUUAACGACUUUGUUUUUGCUAGACGUACUCAGAAAAGGGUCAUCGAAAAUGACAAAGAAGUUGUUUCUUCUAAUGAAGAGUCUUUCAAAGUCCCCGAGAAAAGAUCUCGUUACUUUAACAUCACUGCUCUAGCAGAUAUAGAUUGA